UUAGAGCAGCCAGUCCUGCGGUGCUUCUUCAUUGACAGAGUGACUCCAGGAUUCGUGUGAUUAAAAUGCAAAUGUGAGGCUCGGACGCUGUCGACUAUUGGGUGAGGCAUGUGAAACCGAUGCAGAGGGCAUGUAGGGGUAAAGUGUGCUGAGAGACACACACUCUUUUCUGCAGUGUGAGUGCAGCAGCAGCAGCAGCAGCAGGGAGGUUCUGUGGCUGGAGGAGAUGCAUUCUUUAUUCUGAGGAGAGGAGGAGGAGGGACAGGAGGGGGGAGAGAGACAGAGACACAGAGAGAGAGAGAGAGAGAGGGAGGCAGAGAGUGAGCGCGAGAGAGAGGUGAGAGCAGAGCACCCUCGUCGAACUAUCAGCCAAAGCCAUCUAAGAAAACAACUCGCAGGGACUCUCAGUCUGCGUGCUGCGUUCAGGCGCUAAAGGCAACUUGGCACAUCCAGGCGCAGAGCGCGGCGCACGGACGCAGCUGGGCCGUCAUGGCCCCUGGUGGACCGGUGGACGGCGGAGGAGUAGAAGCGGACGCUGCGAUCGCCCUGCCGCCGCUUCCUUCGCUGCAGAUGGUGUCGAGUUAAGGGUGGAAGAAAGAUAAAAAAAAAAAAAGGAAAAGGAAAAAAAAGAAGGGGAGACUUCGCUGUGAAGCGCGCUGGAGCUGGAGAGAGGAGAAAAAAAAAAAAAAAACAACUCAAGAAGAAGUGCGGGCGGACGCGCAGCCACAGCCACAGCCACCGCGGGGACCCGUGCAGACGAACGUGGUGUUUUACAGACAAACUGGCUCCACGAUGCUGAUUAGAACCGAGAUCCAACGGUGUUACCGAACGGACCUGUACCGCUGGACCGCUUGAAGGACACGGGGCUUAAAGAAACAAGGGCUUUGCGGGGCUUGGAAUGGAUAAACCCUCGAUAAAGGUCCCAGGAUCCAAAUGUCAACCCCCCUGGACUCUGCCCUGGUCGUGGACCAGCAGUGUGUGACGGACAGGCCAGUGGAGCCUGUGGUGGCUCUCUACUGUGUGGCUUCAAAUUGGUCCUGCCUGAGCUCUGCAUGGAUCAACCAGUGAAGUGUCCCGCUAUGGUCUGAUGUCUUAGCAUGGAUGGAGUCCGUCAGAGGACCGGCCGCCGCUAAUGAGACCAUCACUGUUGACCUGAGGAGUGGAAUUUGCAGGAUUACUCUUACGACUACUUUCCCAGCAAACUGCUUCGUUAUUUGACUCUUCAAGUUGGACUUUUUUUUUUGAGCCUAGGUCUCGGUGGAUAUUUAUAUCAUCGCCUUCUGGGUUCAUUACUUUUUUUGCCCUCAGCCAGUUUAUUUUAUUAUUGCUUUCUAUUUUUUUUUUUUUUUUUUUCUCUUCACAUCUUGCUUUUCCACUAUGGAGUUUUUGGCCGGACCCUGGAAUAAAGAUUGGGCUUCUUUUUUGCAGUUUUGGUUGACUGUCAUCCUAAGCCUCCAAAUGCAAUUCAGCUCGAGUGCAUCCUGCCCGACAGAGUGUCGUUGUGACAAAACGUUUGUGUACUGCAAUGAACGCAGCUUGACAUCAGUGCCUCUGGGGGUAGAGGAGGGCUACAAGGUCCUCUAUCUGCACAACAACCAGAUCAACAGUGCCGGCUUCCCCAUAGAACUUCAUCAUGUAGCCUCCGUGGAGACUGUGUAUUUAUAUGGCAACCAGCUCGACGAGUUCCCAAUCAAUCUACCCAAAAACACCCGGGUCUUACAUCUUCAGGAGAACAAUAUCCAAACAAUCUCAAGGGCCGCCCUGGCCCAGCUGGCUAAGUUAGAGGAGCUGCACCUUGACGAUAACUCCAUUUCGACUGUAGGGGUGGAAGAAGGGGCCUUCAGGGAGGCGGUGAGCCUCAAACUUCUUUUUCUUACUAAGAACCACUUGAGCAGCGUUCCGAUCGGUCUCCCGGAGGACCUGAAAGAGCUGCGGUUGGACGAGAACCGCAUUGCCAUUAUCGCAGAAGAGGCCUUCCAGAAUGUGACUCGCCUGCAGCGCCUCCUGUUGGAUGGGAACCUCUUGACAGACGAGGGCAUAGCACCGGGGACUUUUCAGGAUCUGGCCAACCUCCGCGAGUUGGCCCUGGCCCGCAACUCGCUCACCUUCCCACCGCCCCUCUUACCCAGCCAGUCCUUGGCCAAACUCAGCCUGCAAGAGAACCAGAUUGACCAGAUACCUGUGGCGGCCUUCGCUGACCUCAACAGGCUCGAAAAACUGGAUAUAUCCAGCAACCAGCUUCAGACGCUAACCCAGGGCGUGUUUGAUAGCCUGUCGAGCUUGCGGCAUCUAAUGGUGCGCAAUAACCCCUGGCGGUGUGACUGUGCGGUGAAAUGGGUGGUGGUCUGGCUCAAAUCUUUGUCCUCCGAAACCAACGCCCGGGGCUUUGUGUGCCAGAGUCCGGAGAAGGUGCGCGGCAUGGCAAUCAGAGAGCUGACGUUGGAUAUAAUCGAAUGUCCGGUUGACGUCGAUCAACCACCUUGGCCAACCUUGCGCUCGACGCCCCCUCCGCCCACCACCACCACCACCUCCGCUUCCCCUAUCACCACCAAAAUCUCCAACGCCAUCACUACGCCCACCCCUUACCUCCCCGACACGCCCUCUCCUCCCUUACCCCCCAUCAAUAAUAAUCCCCCCGGGCCUCUGCCUCCGUAUCAGGACCCCCUUCAGAUCUCCUUCAGCUUUGUCAACGCAACCAACAUUGACGUGAGCUGGGAUUCCUAUUUCACUGUCACGGCCUACAAGGUGACCUGGGUCAAAAGGGGCCAAACCCAAAUAAACGAAGGAAUGCGGGAGCGCACGGUGAGCGGGGGGAGGAGGCACGUUAGCCUCACUAACCUGGAGCCCAGGUCCGUGUAUCGGAUCUGCGUACACGUGCUGGACACCCUAAACUCCUACAGGCCCGGAGAGGAUACUAUAUGCUCCGAGGUCAAGACCAAGGCGGCUUCAUCGACAAAGACUCCUGGCAGAGACCAAGAUCCUCAGGAGAGCAUCAACUCCACUCUGCUAAUGGCCGGGAUCAUAGGUGGAGCAGUGCUUAUCAUCCUGGUAACACUGCUCAGUCUGUUCUGCUGGCAUAUGCACAGGAAGAGCCGGUCGUCUUCCAGCAAGUGGAAAUACAACCGAGGCAGGAGAAAAGACGACUACUGUGAGGCUGGAACCAAGAAGGAUAAUUCUAUUCUUGAGAUGACUGAGACCAGUUUUCAGAUAGUGGCACUGAACAAUGAGCAGCUUCUCAAGGGAGAUUUCCGUAUCCAGCCCAUCUACACACCCAACGGGGGCAUUGGAUUUAGAGAUUGUCACCUCAGUAACAACAGUAUAGCCUACUGUAAGAGCAGCAACGUUCCCAGUACGGAAUUCUGCCAAACGUGAUGCCGUAGCAAACAUUCAUCAGCCACAUUCACACACACACACACACACGUAAAACGUACAACACACUGUCUGUGUAGACAACAACAACAACAACAACAACAACAAAAAAAAACCAACAUAAAAAAGUUAGUGAAUUAUACCUGUACUAUAUAUAUAUAUAUAUUUCCAAGUUCUGUCUAAAAUGUAAUUUAUACUGUGGAUUAUAAUGUGGGAUUAUCUGCUAUCUUUUUUAUCCUUAGACGAAAGGUAAAAGUGUUUCUUUUUUUUUUUUUUUUCUUUUCUUUUUUUUAUACUCAGCAGGGUUUUCAAAAGUUGUUUUAAACGGUCAGUACUGUACACGAACGUGGAUUUGUACAAUCACGGCACCCUGGGUGUAGCUCCUGACAGACGCUGUCAGCCUCGGAUACGUCACGGAGCUCAGAGGGCUGGGAUCCUUUGCUAACCACAGAAGCAAAAUAUGGCCUUUUUUUGCGCUUUGGCAAACUGAAAACACACACACACACACACACUCACUCACCAGUACAACAGAACAGUAGUAAAGACAACACAGCACAGGGGGGGAAAUCCAAACAUGGCUGAUUAGAGUGCUGUGGAAAUAAAGCACUAGUUCAUAGGUGGCACGUUGUAAAAAAAAAAAAAAAAAAAGAGAGAGAGAGAGAGAGAAUUGAAGUGCACUUAAGUUUAUAAAUGGAGGCAGAGCAGGAAAUGAGUGGUGCUGCUGAUCAUGUUAGAAAACUGUGCCUGCUUGUGCCAGGGAGAAUGUGUUAGUGCCGUUAAAAAAAAAAAAAAAAAAAAGUCUGGACGUGGAUUUCCCAAAAGGAACUUCUCUCCCUCUGAAGGCAUCUUUGUUCUUGUACUUUACAGCAGAACAAAGGUGGGCUUAGUCAAAGGACACUGCAAAUGGAGGCAUAUUUCAUUUUUUUUUUUUUAGCACAUUUCUUCCUUCCGCUGUGAAGACGAGUGAUUUUUGAACACGAGCUCAAAGAGCGACACGUUGUUUGCUGUCUCUAAUUGGGUGCACCGACGUUUGCUAACCACUGUUUUGGUUCUGAUUUCUGAUUUUUUUUUUUGCCCCCUGUCUGCCACCAGGGGGCGUGGAGGGCAAGACAGACAAGAUGACUUCACCCCUCGUGAUUCCCCUUGAGUCCAUUACCCAGACGACAUUAGACGUGGUCACACUAAUGUUUGGGACAUUACUGCUCAUCAAGCUUCCUAAUGAUGUGGAAUCAUUUAAAACUAACAAUCUUCUCUGUUUACUGGCUGCGUAAUACAGAUUUAUAUCACUGUUGAGCAUCACGGGGUGGGGGCACGCGGGGGGCGUGCAUUUUCAUUAUUGUUUAUGUGUGUGAGAUGGCUUUUAGGGAGAAGGAAAACACACGAUGCUUAUUAAACACCCACUCAUUUUAGCUUUGUCUCAGCAUUCAUUCGGCAGUUUUUUUUUUUUUUUUUUUUUUGAUGAUGAAUUGGAAAAUUAACAAUGAGAACGCACUCCGCCCGGGACGCCCCGCCGUGCACAGUCAUGACCGAGAAGCGUCUCGUUAUUAAUCUUUUUUUUUUCCGUCGACUUAAUGCUAAGGAACAGAACACCUGAACGUCGGAAAAAAAAAAUCUUUGUUCGAUUCCCCCCGCUGCUCUUUCUGGGACCGUCUGCCUCUGACCGUCUCGGCUCCCCUUGAUCCCUGCGUGGGCUCAAUUAAAACAGUUUCCCCGUUCUUGGGUUCAUGGUCUGCGGUAGCAGCUCUUUGCAAGUUGAGGUUGCCCUUGAGAGGUCUUCAUUAUACACUUCUUAGGAAGACUUUAUUUGAUUUGACAACAUUUUUUUUUUUUUUUUCCCAAAAGGGCCAAUUUGAAAGGAUUCCCACCGCUGACCUCUUCGCUAACGCAGUCGACCCCACCCUGUCUCUCAUAAUCUUCGACCAAAAAAGGGAGAAAAAUAUGCAGGCUUUUUUUUUUCUUUUUUUUUUCCUUUUCACUUGGCGGCACAACGCUCCUGCUGGGAGACUCAGAGUGUGUGUUAACUCUUUGUGAGAAGAGUGGAUGGUAGAGAAUGACACAAACGAGGCCAAAAUAUGCCGAGUAAGGGCUUUUUAGACGACCGGUAAGUUGAUGUGACGCGCACGUCCCUUACAUUUAUAUCUGCGACGAAACCUGUCGAUAUUUGAAACCUUUUUUAAAACACAGUGAAUAAAUGAAAUGUGUUUUUUUUGCAAACCAUUGCAAAUGGUUUCAGUUGAGUCCUUUUUGUGCCAAGGUACAGAGUACUGAAUACCUCAGUCAUGUGGUUUUAUGCUAACAUUGGGACGACUUGUUCUUUUCUCGCCUUGAAACCAGAUUGUGUCAGCUUCAUACGUUUGUGUUCGAUCGAGGUGUGUUCGCACGUGAGCUGAGAAAUGUUGUUGGACGGACGUCUCCGUUUCAGACACAGUUACAGAUGUGCUUCAGUUGCUUUUGGCCAAAAAAAAAAAAAAACCCAAAAAUUUGGUGAUUUUUCUCCUUGUUCUCUUAAUUGCAUUUUUAUUGAUUCGCUGAAUCAGAACUCUUGCUUGGAUCACUAAUAACUGGUUUGGCUCGAACAUGUGUUUUUUCUUUCUUUCUUUCUUUCGUUGUUGAGCGACCAGGUUGUUUUUGUAACCGAGAUUCUUCUGUGGUUAUCAAAGCAUCCCCAUUUUUGAUUUCUUGAUUCAAACGAAAACAGAUCUUAUCCAGACGUCAGCACACACCCAGUACCCAGAACCACCAGGCUGCAGCUGACCUUACACUUUGAUCGCUCCUGCUCUAUAAUCAUCAUUAGCCCCCCCCGCCAUGUCCUGACAGUCCACCAGCUGACCACGACCCCACAAAGAAAACAUAUUUAUAUAAGAUAUUGAUUGAUUGCUUUCAUCGAUGAUUUUUUAUUUUAUUUUUUUUUUAUUUUUGUUGUUGUUGAAGAUAAAAAAAAGCUUAAUAUCAGAACAACACAACACAAAGUAUAUCCCCAUUCUUCUGGGAAUGUGUAACGGGAGAUAUUUGCCUUACUUUUUACGCGGGGCUGAAUGAUUUGCUAGAGCAUGUUUGAUGACGAUGAUGAUGAGUUGUGGGAGGAGAGAAUUACGAGAGACGAAAAAAGAAAAAAUCAAAGACACAACGGCAGCACAGAAAGCACAUUUCCUCGAACAGAUUGCAGUUCCCGAGGCCACGAUAACAGUAUUAACAGGGAGAGAGAGAGAGAGAACAACACCAGGCGUGACGUGCGGUAGCUAACGAGAGACUGUCGGUCCGUGGUGCCGGUCCCAGAGCGGCGCCCGGAUAAUGAUUCAACCACGACUGGGAAGGUGCUUCGGCGGUUCCUCGGUACGAGCAUUACUCUUAAUCUCCGAGCUGCUUGAUGAAAGAAAGCAGCUGCCGUGCCAUGACCAAUGGAAUUAAAUGAAAUGUAUUAGAGUCUGCUGGCUUCAGUUUAUUACCAUUUCAGGGUGCCGAGAAGUAAUUUCCCUUAAAGCUCAUUGAUUCACAUUGGAAUAAUUACGUUUAAUCACCGAGAGGUUGGUCGGCACAGACCAGACACUUACGAGAACACAACUAGAGUCAUCGUCUCUCAAAAAAAACAAAAAAACCUUCACUGCAAAUACCUGUUAGAGAGUGACAUUCAUUCAAGGAUUUUUGCAUGGACUGUAUUUAGCUUCGUAGCCUUUCAUUAUGUCAUACUAGGUUCUGGACUAUAAUUUUUUUUUUUUUUAAACCAAUCACCCAGUGGUGGUUGACAUUCAGUACAGCAGUGUUCUCUCCUGGUUUUUAGAGAACCCAGGCUGGGGAUUGACAGUGCAUGUCAGAGACGUUGGCGUCCUCUCGUCGAGGUGAUCACAGUGUUAUCGUUAGCCAUCCACACACCGCGAGACAUUCUCUUAGGAACCAAAGUUUAAAAAACGUUUUUUUUUUUGUUUUUUUUUGUUCUCAUGACAAGAUAUCGAUGUUGUUCCAUGUAUGUGCCUUGAGGUUGAACUUACAAUGUAAAGUCCUUGAAACCUUUAAAUGUUUUUGCACAAACUGUAAAUACUUAAGUGAAGCUUUUUGAAAAUAAAAGAGCCAUUGGAUUUA